AUGGAAGUCUUCAUUUCAGUGCAUCAGUUCAAGAAGAGCGUUAUGGUGAGCGUUGCUACCGGCGGUGGCACCGGCGAGACGGUGCCCAUGCUCAUCAGGAGAUACCGCAGUUUGGCGAUCCGCUGGGUGGAGAUCGCAUGCUCGGGUUUGGUGACAUCGCCUUGCCUGGCCUGCUGGUAUCAUACCUGA